AUGAAUGGAGAAAUAUUUAAUUUAUCUUAUGGUCAAUAUUCAAAUAAUACAUUAACUCAUUUAUAUAAUUAUCAAGAAUCAUUAAUACCAUAUACUAAGGAAACAAAAUUAACUAAUGAUUUAAAUGUAUUUCUUUAUAGAUCUAAACAAAAUGAUAAAUCAAUAAAUUAUUAUCCAAGAGCUAUAAUUUAUGAAUUAAGAGGAGGAUUAGGUUCAUUAAAUAAAUAUGAAUAUUCAGAAAAUAUACCGGCUUAUGAUAUGCAAAUUAUAAAUAAACCAACUACAACCACUAAAAAUGAAUAUCAAAGAAACCUAGAUAUAUCAGGUGAAUCAAAUUCAAAUUUAUUAAACACAACCAAUACAAAAUAUUGGACAGAUUUUAAUAAAUUAAUAUAUAAUCCAAAAUCAAUAAUAACAACUCCAAAUUAUAUGCAUAACUACAAAGAUUAUGGAACUCAUUAUAAUUUUCCAAAUUUAAAAUUUGAUAUAUUUGAAAACGGAGUUGAAGAAUUUCGAAAUUGUGAAUUUGAAACAGAAGAUAAUUUUAGAUAUUGGAUUGAAAAAUGUGAUUUUUUACAAGGUUUACAAAUUAAUACAUCUAUAAGUGAUUCUUGGGGUGGGUUCACGAAUUCAAUGAUUGAAUUUUUACAAGAUGAAUUUUUUAAUAAUAAGGGUAAUUUUUGGAUUUUUGGAGAUAUUCAAACAGUUUCUAAACAAUCAACUACUAAAAUAUCAGAAAUUAAAACAUUUUUAGAAUGUUUUAAAAAUUCUACUUUAUUUUUCCCAUUAAAAUUAGAUUUAAAUUCUUCCAUAUUAAACUUGGAUAAGAAUUCAAUUUGGCAAACUUCUUGUAUUUCCUCCAUUUUCAUAAAUUCUAUAUGGGGUUUAAAUAAUUCAAUUGAUGAUCCAAUAAAUAUGUCAACAUUAUCGAAUUUAAUAACAAAAGAUGAUGAAAAUAGAAAGAUAAUCAAUGAAAUUAAAAUUAUAAAUGAUGGAAAUUUAGGAGAUAUAGAUUAUACCACUAUAGAUUUAAAUAAUUUUGAACCAAAUAUAAAUUUAGGAAUUUCAACCACUACUAACAAUGAUACAAAAUAUUAUUCAAAAAAUAUUAUAACUAGCAACAUAGAUAUGGAUAUUGAUAAUACAAAUAUUUUUAAUAAUCCAACAAUUACCAAUAUUUUAGAUGUUGAUACUUUUCCAAAAGUGCUAAAGACUAAAGACUUCCAUACUGAAUUUAAUGUAAAUUCAAACUUGAAAAAUUUAUUAAAAGAAAAUAAAAAAUUUAUACAACGAGUACGAAAUUUAAAUAUCGACGUAAGAGAUGAAUUAAUUGAUGAUAUAUCAAAUUUAAUUCUGAUAUAUUCAUCAGGUUUUGAAUCAGAAGAUGAAGAAUUUUAUGAUUAA